CGAGUGCGCAAGGUGCAGGCACGAAACGGCAUGGCAGAUGCGUUUUGCCCUGAGAGCAAACGAAAGGAUGAUCCUUUUUCGCUCAGCCGCCGCUGAGCUAACAUACAAGCUGAUGACCGUCCAGGCUGCUCUUUGCCUCUCUACCACUCGCGCGACACGCUACCGAUCAAAUUCGACGGCUUUCCAACCUGAAAGCACGAUGACGCCCUACGAUAUCCUGUUCACUUUUAAGGAUAAGGAGGGCAAUGACGCCUCUCAUCUGAUUCGCCAGUCCGGCGACCCCAGCGAGGAGGCGGUUGGAAACAUGACGCUGAAACAGUGGAAAGCUAUCUUUAAAAAGAUGAUGGAGCGCAAGAGCACCGCGCGCCACGUCCUAGGCUGGUCUUCUACGGACAUCAAGGCCGCACAUGACGAGGACAAGACGCUUGGUCGCCUGGUGACGCGGCUGCUCGCUGCUGAGGAGGCAGCUCGCGAGCAGGAGGAGAGCGAUGCUGCGACGCAGGCCGACUUCCUGCCCGGCCCGCGCAAAGACCCUGCUCUAUCAACCACCCGCGUCAGUAGCAGAGCGAGCGAGGCAUGCGAGCUCAUGAUGAAGGCCUUCGAUGACAGGAGGAAGGCAGUGUACGAGGAACUGACGGAGGCUCAGGCCGCUUUCCAGGAGGCGGGCCUUGAGAAGGGGUCCUAGGAGAAAAGGCAAUUCAAGGGAUAGGCGAGGCGGUAUCAUGUAGAUCGUUCGAUCAUCUUUCCUCUCGCUCUUCUGAAAAACAUCGUCUUCGU